CAGAACCACACUAGCGUAACUCCAAAUUUUUCGAUAUUCUGGUUUUGAGCAUUCUGUAUAUAUUUUUUUCUGCUUUAUAAAGCCAUAACAAUGUAACUCCUUAAAAAAAAACCUAGCAGGAAAUAGGAGUGUUUGAAAUAGCUUAAUUCCAAAGGGAUGUAAGAACCAGAACAGCGUAAGGUCACUUAAUAUGUUAUGGUCCUCACAAAAAUUUAAAAAGUACAGAGCGUAACUCCAGCUGGGGAGUUACGCUACUCUGGCUCAACUUUAUUGUUGCUAGAAUGGUUGAUACAAACAGCUGUUUUAUUUUCUAGAGUAGUUGUGCAUGUCUCAGCUGAUUGGUCGAAUGUGAAAUUUACAUGAAUUGAUGCCCUAACCUAAACUUAUAGUUUCAUCAACAUGAGCAGCAGAGCGAAACUUAUUUUACAAUUAGCUUUGGAGGACAAUGUAAAUAAUUCUCAGCAAUUACUAUUAUUACCAGAACAAACUACUAAAGAAAACAAUGAAACAAACGUCUUAAGCUUGUCUUCGAUGGACACAAAUCCUGCACCCUCAUUGACAUCAUUACAGGCAGUUGAUCCGUUUGUUCUUCUCAACAAUGAAAAUGAAUAUAUAAUGGAAGUCGAAUCAGAAAGUAAUAAAGAAUUCGCUACUGAUGAAAAUAUUGUUUGGAAUGAUGGUAUUACCAACCAGGAUUUUCAGUCAUAUGAUAUCUCCUUUUCAUCGCAAGGCCUAGUUGCUGAAGAAGAGGAUAGUCUUCAAGAAUUGGCUGUCUCUGGUAAUGCAGAUAUCCCAUCACCAGGAACUUCUGUUUUGUCAUCUAACGUAGAUGACACUGAUAUUGAUAGCACAUACUGUCCUCGUUUCAACUCAGAGUCAGAACUAUCUACUGAUGAGUCUAUAGUGAGUAUUCCUAGAGUUGCUUCAAAGGUUUCAAGUGACAGUACUUCUUAUGUGAGGAGGAGCCAAAAGAUAGCUCAAGACAAAAUUCUACUGGUUCCUUACACUGAUUCGGACACGGAGGAAGAAGCAAACAAAACCAAUCCUAAUGUAAAAAAAGGAAAGAAGAGGGUGAGGAAUGAAAACAAAUGGAAAAAAUGUGUGAGGAAACAGCUAAGAGUUAGUGGAAAAAACUAUCUUAGUGCUAAGGGAGCAGAGAUUAAAGCAAGAUCUCUGAAAUCUCCUUGCAAAUCUACUUGCCGUCUCAAGUGCUAUCAGCGCUUUACCAAAGAUCAGAGAGAAGGUAUAUUUUCAGAUUUUUGGAGAGAAGACAGAGACUGGGAUUCUAAACGUCAGUUUGUUGUUUCCUGUAUAAGCAGCAAGCCUGUCGCUAGGUCCAGGAAGAAAGAUGGCUCAAAGGGAAACCGGGCUCAAAGUAAUAAAUUUAGUUUUCAAAUAAAUAGUUGUGAAGAAAUAGUCUGCAAAACAUUUUUCCUAAACACUCUGGCUAUCUCUGAGAUGUUUAUGCGAAUAUCACAACAGAAAACAAGCACGACAGGAAUGGUUGAGCCUGACCAAAGAGCACCUGAAAUUGAAGGCGACAACACAAACCAUGAUGAGUUUGUUGACGAACCCGAUGAACUGGUUGACGAUGGAGGUGACAAUCAAGAAAUGCCAGCACGCAGAUAA